AAAUUUGAACGUAACUUGGCAACAUUGUCCGCAUUGCGCACGUUUGGUUUAGUCAAGGUCAGUUUUUAAAUCAUAAAACGGCAGUUGGUUUCGAAAUAUGGCGCGGUCAACAUAAUAGUGCAGUUUCAAGUGAAAACGGUUGUACCAAAGUGUUUUAAGAAGUGGAUUACUGGCCAAAAAAUGAAAUGCCACGAAAUUACAUAAAAAAGAGGCCACCGUCGUCACACACCCCUGAAGACAUGGCUAGGGCUGUAGAAGAUAUUUUGAACAGAAAUAGAAGUUACCAACAAGUCGAGGACCACUAUAGUAUUCCAAAAGCGGUAGUUUUUAACAGAAUUAAAGGGCGAAAAACUGCAAUUAAGCAAAUUAGGGUCUGGACGGUCACAAGCGCUUAGCUUUGACAUCGAACGUGAUUUAGAAAACUGUAUUAGGGCGCGAGCACGAAUGGGCAUUCUAUGUGACAAAGAAGAUGUAAAACAAGUUGUGGCUGAAUAUGUGCGUGUAACUAAUUUAAAAACCCAAUUUGUCAAAGGAACCCCUGGAGAUGAUUGGUACUAUUCAUUUAUGAAAAAGCAUCCAGGAUUGUCAGUUAAGAAACCAGAGUUGCUACAAAAGUGCAGAAAAGAUUCCAGGGAUCCCUUCGUCGUUUAUGAUUUUUACACCGACCUGGUCCAACUUUUUGGAGAAAACACAUUGGAGAAUAAACCAGCUUUUGUAUUCAACUGUGAUGAGACUGGGUUUUGUCACGAUCCGACUAAAUUCAAGGCGAUUGGGGAAAAGGGAAAGGCGCUGUCUAGAAUAUCAGCGGGUUCAGGCAGAGAGUCCACCACGGUACUUGCGUGUAUUGCCGCAGAUGGAUCUUACCUUCCACCUUUAAUAGUAUUUAAAGGAGUAUACUUGUUCCGGUCACGGUUGGAUGGAGGAGCCACAAUUUUUUGAAUGGUUGUCCACAGUUUUUGUUCCUCAUGUACAGUCUACACGAGCUUCUCAUAACCUACCUAAUCAAACCGCCGAAAUUUUGACUACCCCACAAGUUCUAGAGAAAAUGGAAAUUGCUCAAAAGUUAAGAAAUCAAAAGAAAGGGAUCAAUAAAAAGCAAAAAGAUGACAAUGAAAACAAAAUUAAAAUGGCACAUAGUAAUAAAAAAAGGGCUGUUCAUGAAGAAGAAGAAAUUCAAGAAGAAUCAAUAGACGAAUCUGCUUUGUAUCAAGAUGACUCUUCUGAUGAUGAUCUCUUAGAAUCAGUCAUUGCUGAAUCAACAGACGAAAUUGAAUAUCAUGAACCAGUUUGGAGUGAACUAAAACCAGGGUUAUUUGUAUUAGUAGAGUUUAAGGGAGCGCAGAGAAAUACAAUCCAAUACAAGUAUGUAUGUUGUAUACAAAGCAUCGAUCAAGAAGAUGGAGAUAUUGUGGUUUAAGGGUUCGAGAGGUUAAAUUCUGUAUCAACAGAGUCUAUUCAGAAGCCAAAUGAUGUAAGUAACGUAACAUUCAAGAUGAUUAAAGCAAUGUUACCAGAUCCAAACCUCGAAUAUCGUGAUAGAAAAAUUAUUUAUAUUUUUCCUGGGGCAGUUGCGGUGUAUGAAAAAUAAAACUAUAGAUUUUUAUCUGUAGCGAUGUUAAAAUAAUAGGCUGGCAUAGGUUAAGUCUACUGUUUAGUGAGCUAAUAGCUGUUUUUGAACCUUAAGUUUUUGUGGUUACUUUGUUCUUCUUUUGCAAUUAAAAAUUUGUAUAUAUUUUUU